CACAUGAGCCAAUCAAGUGCUAGUCCUAUUCGAGAGAAAGGAGAAGGUCGGCACAAUUAAAACAUGAACAUGGCUUUGCCGAGGCCAAUUUAGUUUGUACAAGAGCCUCACAUGGAAACGCUUGGGCUCGGUGAUUGUGAUACGUGCAUCAACAAGGAAAAGCUGUCAUAGAAAAGGAAAAAGAAAAGAAAAAAAAGGUAACAGUAGUAGCUGGAGGAAGAGAGAGAGAGAGAGGAGGAAAGGAGCACUUCAAGUCACUAUGCGCUCUUUUCCACCCCUCCUCUCCUCUCGUCUCGGUCCCUACAGACACCACAGUCGCCGUUUCGAGGGGAUUCCGGUCAAGUCAGUCAACUUAGAUUAGAUCGCAAUCCUUUCCCCACUCUCCCCCACGCACCAUGGAUACAACCCAGAAAAGAAUUUUAUAAAAGCCACAGCCAAUUCAACACCAGCCCAAUACCAAGGUUAGGAUUCUCCCUCUCUUUUUAUUCUUGAAAAGAGGUGGAAAGAGAGAGAGAAGCCAUGAGGUGGGUUUUCCAUGACUGGCUUCUCUUCUCCUUUUACAACUGCAGUACUAGUAAACAAAGCCAAUGGCAGAUUCCCAAUCAUCCUUUCCCCUUCAAAGGAAACAACCAUCAUUGCUCCCAAACCAUCCUUUUGGACAUGGGAAGUUGAGCUUUUAAAGCCAUCCCCCCUUUCUCCCUUCCCUUCCUCCUCCUACCUAUAAACUCUCGCAAGCUACACCCCAAUUCACAUCCAUCCAUCCAUCCAUCUCCACAUCUCUCUGGUCUUGGUAUCUAUAUCUUCUCUCUCCUUGCCUCCAUGAAGCCGUCCGCCACCUCCGUUAAUGGCUUCUACUCCUCCCUGUCUCACGGCCUCGACGACCUCGAGCGUUGCUUCGCCGCGAACAACUUCAUGUCCCUCCAGUUCCUUCAGCGGGCCGUGUCGCUCCUCCGCUCUUUCCACUCCCAGCUCACCCACCUCGUCCAGAAGCUGCACCUGCCGGUCGGCGAGAAGUGGCUCGAUGAGUACAUGGACGAGAGCUCCCGCCUCUGGGACGCCUGCCACGUCCUCAAGAUGGGCGUCUCCAACAUGGAGAAGUGCUACUCCGCCGGCGCCGACAUCGUCUCCUCGCUCGAGGAUGGCUGCCGCCACCUCAAUCCUCAGCUCAGCAGACAGGUAACGCGGGCGAUAUCGGUAUGCCGGAGAGCAGCUGUGGGACUGGAAGAAGAGAACAGAGUGGUGGUGGAGACGAGAGCAGAGUCUCUCUCGCUCCGGUUCGACGAGAAAGUCCCGGUGGAAUCGAGGCUCAAUGGAUUCAAUGGAUUCAGGGGAGUUCUCUACGCAAUGAGGAGCGUCAGCUCUUUUCUCCUCAUGCUCCUGCUCUGGGGAUUGGUCUGCUGGUGGCCCGACCCGAGCUCGAAUGCAGCGGCGGCCAUGGAAGGAUCGGUCUUCUUCGGGUCGGGGUUCAUGGUGUCGAUGUCGAGGCUGCAGCAGAGGGUGGUGGGGGAGAUCGAGAGGAUGGACCGGCGGCCGGGAAUUCUCAUGUACGAGUUCCGGAGGGUGAGAGCCGGAAUGGAGGAGCUGAGGGAGGAGCUGGAGAGGAGCAGGGGGUGUGAAGCCGAAGGAGGGGGGGUGCUCAGGGAGAGGGUGGAGAGCUUCAAGUUGUGGUUCGGGCUGCUGAGGUCUGGAACCGAGAAUAUUACCGGGCAGCUGGAUGACUUCUUCGACGAGAUUGUGGAAGGGAGGAAGAAGCUUUUGGAUAUAUGCAGUCAGAGGUAGAGAGGAGAAGGGGGUUAAAAAGGUAUGAUAAAAGGGAAUGGCAGUUAUAUAGACAGGUUAAGUGGUGAUGGGAGGGGAGGGUAGGUUUUUGGUUCGUCUUUUCUGUGCUCUGUUUCUGUUCAAAGGUUUUGUUUGAUUUUGAUCAGUUGUAGUUGGAUGUGUUUAAUAGCAUGUAGAGCUAUGAAGAGAUGAAAAAUAUAUGUAGAUGUGGUAAUUUUGUGAUUUUGCGUUUCCAUAAACAGUGGUGCAGGAGCAUGAGGUUGAUUGUAAAAGUAGAGGGGGAUGGGAAGGGUUGUGAAAAGUUUCAGUGGUGGGCAUAAGAAUAUAUGGUUGCUAGAAAAGGGAAGUGUCACGUCCGCACAACCUCUCUACCGUAAAAAAGAAAAGAACAAAAAAUUCCAGACAAAGGAAAGGUGGUUUUCGUUCUCAACAAGACAAGCUCAAGGGGACAUUUAUGGAGAACGGGGUAUUUGGAGAUAUUGGAGAAGAAAGCAGGGGUUCUUUUUUUUACUUGGUCUCUCUCCCUUCUCUUUUUGCUUUUUCUAGUGAUGGUUCUUUCUUUGCUUC